AGCAUGAACUAAGUUUUAGGGCUCACAAUGAAGCAAGUGGAUCCGCCAAUCGAGAAAAUUACAUGGACCUAAUUUUUUUCUUAUACUUUCUUAUAACAACUGGUUUAAAUAAGUCUCUUUUUGAAGUCGUCAAGUUGUGUGAAUUAGUACUAGCCAUCCCAGCCACAAGUGCGUCAGUUGAGCAAAGUUUUUCAGCUUUAAAGCGCAUUAAAAGAUUUAUACGAAAUUCAACAAGUGAAGACAGACUUUCUAAUUUUGCCCCAAUAUCCAUUGAAAAACAACUUGUUAAACAGUUUUCAGAAAAUCCUAAAUUUUACGACGAUGUUAUAGACAAAUUUGCAGCCAUUGAGGAUAGGCGAAGUAAAAAUAAAUGA